GCUGGCGUCACCAGGACAACGGGCGUCGCCGGCGCCGUGUGACUUCGGGCUGUGGGCUCGCUCGCGGCUCUUCGGCCAUGGUUUUCUCAAACAAUGAUGAAGGCCUUAUUAACAAAAAGUUACCCAAAGAACUUCUGUUAAGAAUAUUUUCCUUCUUGGAUAUAGUAACUUUGUGCCGAUGUGCACAGAUUUCCAAGGCUUGGAACAUCUUAGCCCUGGAUGGAAGCAACUGGCAAAGAAUAGAUCUUUUUAACUUUCAAACAGAUGUAGAGGGUCGAGUGGUGGAAAAUAUCUCGAAGCGAUGCGGUGGGUUCCUGAGGAAGCUCAGCUUGCGAGGCUGCAUUGGUGUUGGGGAUUCCUCCUUGAAGACCUUUGCACAGAACUGCCGAAACAUUGAACAUUUGAACCUCAAUGGAUGCACAAAAAUCACUGACAGCACGUGUUAUAGCCUUAGCAGAUUCUGUUCCAAGCUGAAACAUCUGGAUCUGACCUCCUGUGUGUCUAUUACAAACAGCUCCUUGAAGGGGAUCAGUGAGGGCUGCCGAAACCUGGAGUACCUGAACCUCUCUUGGUGUGAUCAGAUCACGAAGGAUGGCAUCGAGGCACUGGUGCGAGGUUGUCGAGGCCUGAAAGCCCUGCUCCUGAGAGGCUGCACACAGUUAGAAGAUGAAGCUCUGAAACACAUUCAGAAUUACUGCCAUGAGCUUGUGAGCCUCAACUUGCAGUCCUGCUCACGUAUCACGGAUGAAGGUGUGGUGCAGAUAUGCAGGGGCUGUCACCGGCUACAGGCUCUCUGCCUUUCGGGUUGCAGCAACCUCACAGAUGCCUCUCUUACAGCCCUGGGUUUGAACUGUCCGCGACUGCAAAUUUUGGAGGCUGCCCGAUGCUCCCAUUUGACUGACGCAGGUUUUACACUUUUAGCUCGGAAUUGCCACGAAUUGGAGAAGAUGGAUCUUGAAGAAUGCAUCCUGAUAACCGACAGCACACUCAUCCAGCUCUCCAUUCACUGUCCUAAACUGCAAGCCCUGAGCCUGUCCCACUGUGAACUCAUCACAGAUGAUGGGAUCCUGCACCUGAGCAACAGUACCUGUGGCCAUGAGAGGCUGCGGGUACUGGAGUUGGACAACUGCCUCCUCAUCACUGAUGUGGCCCUGGAACACCUAGAGAACUGCCGAGGCCUGGAGCGCCUUGAGCUGUACGACUGCCAGCAGGUUACCCGUGCAGGCAUCAAGCGGAUGCGGGCUCAGCUCCCUCAUGUCAAAGUCCACGCCUACUUUGCUCCCGUCACCCCACCGACAGCAGUGGCAGGAAGUGGACAGCGACUGUGCAGGUGCUGUGUCAUUCUCUGACAGCAGCUGCCUGGGCCCAAGGGGUGAUGAGGCAUCCUUUCCUCUAGAAGACCUGAGUCUUCCUGACCGACUCCACCAUCACCCAAUCUGUUGAUUCUCCAUUGGGAAAGGCAUUUACAGUUUCCCAACAGGCACCUAUCAAGAUUUAAGAAUGGCGAAGACAAGAAAGGAUUUAUAAGCAACAUCUGACAUCACAUGGUGACCUGAAACAUGGCUCUGACCUAGCUAGUGCUCCUUUUGCCCUCUUCCCUAAUGAGCAGCCUCACCAGUACCCAUUUGCUUCUCUGAUACCUCUAAAGGUUAAUAAUCCUCAAGACAGACCAGACAGGCCCAGCAUCAAAAUACAUCAACUGUGUACAGUACUACAUCUAUCUAUCUCUCUAUCUAUCUAUCUGUCUGUCUGUCUGUCUGUCUGUCUGUCUGGUCUGUCUGUCUGUCUGUCUGUCUGUCUGUCUGUCUGUCUAUCUAUCUAUCUAUCUAUCUAUCUAUCUAUCUAUCUAUCUAUCUAUCUUUCUUUCUUUCUUUCUUUCUUCCUUUCUUUCUUUUAUAUUUUCUGGAAGGGUUAUGGUGAACUUUAAUAUUUUUCAGCUCCAGGCAAAAUUCUGACCAGAAACAGAACAAAGAUACGGAGAUACACUAUUACAAUUAGGAGGUUGAAAAAGUCAGUCAAAAGCAUGCUAAGCAUGCCAGAGUAAUCUCAAAUACAAGUCUUCAGACUUGAGAUACAGACAUCACAUGGUGUGAUUUCACUUUACAGGUACUCUUUCUAAAAACCAAUGGAUCUGAGGACUCAGUUUCAAGGGUCCCCUUUCAUAAUCAUCCUUCUCUCAUUUUACACAAGAAAGGCAUCACAUCUAACUAUAGCCCUGGGGUUUAAGACUCUCCCAGGCUGGACACGGUGACUCAUGCCCCUAAUCCCAGUGCUUUGGGAGGCCAAGGCGGGAGCCCAGGAUAGCCCAGGAUAGCUUGAGCCCAGGAGUUCAAGACCAGCCUGGGCAACACAGUGAGACCCUGUUUCUACCAAAAAAUAAAAACAAUAAAAUAAAUAUAAUGAGGCCAGGCGCGGUGGCUCACGCCUGUAAUCCCAGCACUCUGGGAGGCUGAGGCGGUUGGAUCACGGGGUCAGGAGAUUGUGACCAUCCUGGCUAACAUGGUGACACCCCGUCUCUACUAAAGAUACAAAAACUUAGCUGGGCGUAGUGGCGUGUGCCUGUAAUCCCAGCUACUCAGGAGGCUGAGGCAGGAGAAUCGCUUGAACCUGGGAGGCGGGGGUUGCAAUGAGCCGAGAUCGUGCCAUUGUACUCCAGCCUGGGUGACAGAGUGAGAUUCCAUCUCAAAAAAAAUGAAAAUAGAUAAAUAAGUAAAUAUAAUGAAGACUCUCCCAAAGCCAAGCUAAAGACACUAGGAUUUAAAAAAAAAAAAAAAUAGCCAGGUAUGGUGGUGCACACCUGUAGUCACAGCUACUUGGGAGUCUGAGACAGGAGAAUUGCUUGAAUCUGGGAAGGGGAGGCUGCAGUGAGCCUUGACUACACCACUGCACUCAGCUUGGGUAACAGAGUGAGACCCCCAUCUUGAAAAAAAGGAAAGAAAAAGUACAUAACUCUAAUGACUAAGUUUUUCUGUAAGUCAGGUGAUUUUCAAUUAUUUGCUAUCAAAAUAAUUCAGGAGGAUGGACCUAUUGUCAACUGACAUAUAUUGAAAUAAUCUAGUAGAUCACACAAAAAUGUCCCUGGGAUUUUUGACAGAUGAUUCAAAAGGACUUCCAGGACCUGAAUGACACUAUCGAAAGAAAAAACAAAAUUUCUCAUAUCUAUAAAAUUCUAGAAGUUAUAUUCUAUCCUGUCUCAUCAUUCAAGAUGCAUUUCCAAUAAUAUUUCUAUUUUUACGUUUAAUAAAUAUUCAUCAAAAUCUGUAGGAUUUGUUGUUUUGAUAAAUUGGUACUAAUAAGAAGUUUUAAAUAUCUUGACUGAGUUAAGAGGCUAUGGUCACAGCAAAUUUUAAAAAUUAAAUUUCAAUUUAUGUAAAUUUGUUGUAAGGCAAUUUUUUUAGGGUGAUCAUUUAAAAAUUUCAGUUUCAUCAUUUGAAGCCUCAGGAAGAAAAAAUAAAAAUAAAUAAGAAAAAAAUUUUUAAAGAUUUUCAGGCAUAAAACUAUGUCAUAUUAGGAUAAAAUUUAAGGGGAAUGAAAUACAAACAUGAGACCAAGAAGGAAGAAGAGAGUAAAAUCUUGGCUUUAAUGAAUUUUUUGAAUGAACAAUAGCAGUGGUCAAACUGCCAUGGCAUUUAGAUUCCAUAGGAUGCACUUCAACAAGAGUAAUGUCACAGUUUUAUCUUAAAUUGUAAACGCAAAUCACCACCACGCCAGAACAUUGCCUCCUUUGCAGCUAUUUAAAUUUAUGAUGAAAAAACUUUAUGAUGAAAACUUUCAGAUGUCAAUCUGGAAAGGUGCAAGUAUAUCUAUCCUUUUUCAAAAUUCUUUUGAGGCCAGGUAUGGUGGCUCAUGCCUAUAAUCCCAGCACUUUCGGAGGCCAAGGUGGGAGGAUCAUUCUGAGGCCAGGAGUUGGGGAUCAGCCUGAGGAACACAGCGAGAACCUGUCUCAAGUGUCUUGGAUCACUUGAGCCAAGGAGUUUGAGGUUGCAGUGAACUUUGUUCACACUACUGCACUCCAGGCCCAGGUGACUGGGCAAGACACUGUCUCUAAAAAAAUUUAAAAAUUAUUUUGAGUAGGUAAGUGUCAAGACCACUUGUGUAAUGGAGCUAAGAAACUGUGAAGCACACUGAGGGCAGAAAUUAAGUCUCAUCAAUGGCUACAGGGGCUUAAAACGCUUGUCUGACAUCCAUCAAAAGCAAUGGAUACAUGGAAAAUAAUCUCAACUACCCAAUUAUGUAUCCCCUUAAAAAAGAAAAAUGAUUGCAGACUUAUUACUUCUAUUAUCAGUCAGCUUUCAUAAAAGAAAUCUAAUUUAGCUGGAGAGCUCUGAAUAAACUUAUUGCAUGGCAUAGCAACUUUGCUAUAAAUUACAUUUUACACAACAAUGCCCAUUCUUUUAAAAUUAGGGCCUUUUAAGCCAGGUGUGAUGGCACACACACACCUGUGGUCCAGCUACUCAGAAGUCUGAGGCAGGAGGACUGCUUGAGGAGCUUGAGGUCAGCCUUGGCAAUAACGGUGAAAGCCCAUCUCAAAAAAAUAAAUAAACAACUAAAAAACUAGACUCUUGUUUUUCUUUCCACCUUACAAAGUAUCACCUCCUCUGUUUACACUGUUUGAUGAACCCAAGACCCUGUGAGCUGACUAGCAAAUCUAAUCAUGGGUAUCACACACUGUCACCUCACCUCUAUCUGAAAGAUUUUCCUGCUACAACAUCCCCCUGCACAUAUAAAACAUAACACAGCAUAACAUACAUGUAUAAAUAAUGUAAACCAUUUAAUAUUAAAAGUAUCAAGUCUCUCUAAACUUUUGGUAAUUAUUGCCAGCCAUUUGAAGAAAUGAAGCCAUCAAAAAUCUUCAAGUUAGCAUGGCAGAGUAAUGUAGAAACACCAAGUUUACCAAAACUCCAUAAAUACCCAUUUUGCUUUUAGAUAUUUAGAUUUUUCUAACAUUCGAAAAGCAAGCAAUGGUGCAGUGCCUAUGCUCCUGAAUUCAUAACGGCGCUAGCAAUGCCUGGCCUGGGCUCACAGUUAUGGUUUCGGUACACUGUGAACACAGUCCCUCCCCAGGUAAAGAAUGAUCACCCAUUUUAGGCUGUAGAAAUUGGCAGUCAUCAUUUGAGCCAAUCAUAUACAGCUCAGAGAUGAAGACCAACAGACACACUAAGAGUUUUGUUGUACGGCAUCUCCUGGUAACCAACAGUAGUGACUAUUCAGUGUGGCACCAUUUCAUUCAGCAUCUUUUCGACUCUAACAGUAAGUCUGGAUAUCCCUUUUUACUGAAAGCCAAUUGUAACCAGCCAAAAACUCUAUGAAAUGUUGGCCUUCCUUUGUAGGAAUUUGAAGAAACAUAUGAAAUUCUGCAAACUUUCUUUUUUAAGUGACAAUCUAUACCCUGCUUUUUUAAGAACAGGUUUUCAAGAUGAGCUCUAACCACCCCUAGAAGCAUCUGAACAAAAUCAAAUACAGCCAGGGCAGUAAGCAAUACAUGAGGAAGAUGUGAAAUCCCAGGCCAGUGAACUGCUGACGUUUUGCAUACUUUAGACUUGAGUUAAGAAUCAUUAAGAAUUUACCAACAGUUUUCCCACCUUCAGAUUACCUCUGGGCUAUAACGAAUUUCUUUUAUUUAGGAAUUACCAGAACCCACUUCUUUAUUAGUUAAAUGGUUUAUAACAGGAGAGGAAAAGUGAGUUGCCAGAAUCCCCCCAAAAGAAGUUUACUAAGAACCAUUGGUGGGUCUUCAGCUGAGAAAUCAGAAGAGGAUAAAAACAAAAUUGCUGGGGCGGGUGUUUUAGGAAAGAAUAUACAGCUGUUUUAACAAUCUUUGAUUCGAAUUUAUUUAAAAAAAAAAAAAGCCCAGUUAAAGAAAAUGUAACGUGUGCUUCCAGUGGCACUAGGAUGAAUACAAUUUCAGUUUCAUUGCAUAGAGAAGCAUUAAAACAUUUUUAUUCGAUACUAUAAUUGGAAAUGAGUUUCUUGUGAUAGUGCUUGUGACAGUAAGAUUCAAAGUCUACAUUUAACCACAGUAAUUGUGAUAUGUGUAAGAAUGAAAAAUCCUCUGGUACUUUAGUAGUAGUAGGGCAAAGACUGCAACAGUGAAUACAGCAGUCACGAAUACAUAUGAUGACAAUUAUUUUAAAUGAUUCUUUAAUGUUCUGUGUUUAUAUUUACUGAAGGUAUGUAGCUGAUCUAAGUUUGCAAAGCAGGAUCAUCCUUCGUGGACUAAUAGAUGAAGAGUCAUGUCAUAAAAUAAAGAUUUGCUAUACUUAACUGGACAAAGCACAUAUUCAACCAGAUGCCCCCUGACUGCAUAUUGGGGGGGACCCAGGUCUAGGUGUAGCAAGGUACACUACUUUGGCCUAAAGCAUUAAUUCACAGUGCAACUGCCAAGAAGAAACAUGAAUCCCAUCAGAGUUUUUUUUUUCCUACCAGUGCUGCCAAACAGGCUCUUAGAAGCAUAGACAGACACACAUUUUUAUACUACAUGCAGAAAAAUGUAACAAAGAACUGCACGUGUUAAUGUCAAGCUUGCUGCCAUCAUCUAACUGUCCACAAAAUUUUCUUAUCAAGUAUACACAUGAGAAAGCAAGACCCUUUUCAGUUACACAAAAAUAAUAGCUAAUUUACUAAAGAAAGUAUUUUCAAUUAAUUUC